AUGUCGCUGAAUGUCUUCAAGAAUGUCAAUUGGGGUGACCAAUUCAAGAGCAGCAACCAGCGCGAUUUCACAACCCAAGUCAUCAUCUCGGUAGCCUUCGGUUUGGGCGCAUUUCUGUCCUUCUGUGUACUUCGACCAAAAUGGACCAGCCUCUAUCAUGCGCGGAAGAAGCAGUCGGGUGCAGCAUCGCGUCUGCCAGAUUUGCCAAAGACCUUGUUUGGAUGGAUUCCCGUUCUCUACAGGAUUUCUCAAGAGGAGGUUCUCGCAUCUGCAGGCCUGGAUGCUUACGCCUUUCUGUCCUUCUUCCGAUAUGCGAUCAAAUAUCUCUCUGUCACCCUAUUCUUCUCCCUCACCAUCAUCUUGCCCGUAAACUACCAAUUCACGGGUCAACCGCCCCUCAUGGUCCCUCCGAGAAACGGGACCGACCCUGACCAUGGACGUGACGCAUUCUUUUCUGAUGGGUCCAAGAAACCGAAGAAACCGGCCAUUGAAAAAGACGAUAGCUACUUGUGGAUGUAUGUGGUCUUCGUGUACUUCUUCACCUCCGUCGCGAUAUAUCUCUUGAUCCAAGAGACGACGAACAUCAUCCGCGUCAGACAGGCGUAUCUCGGUACUCAAUCGUCCAUCACAGACAGAACACUGCGCUUGUCGGGUAUUCCCAAAGAGAUGAGAUCAGAAGAAGCAAUCAAGAAUUUCAUUGAAGAUUUACAGAUUGGCAAGGUGGACCGUGUCAUGCUGUGUCGAAACUGGCGGGCUUUGGACAACAUGAUGUCCACGCGCAUGGCAUGUCUUCGGAAACUCGAAGAAUCAUGGGCCGUCUAUCUUGGCCACCACCAUUCCUUUCGCCAUUCUCGCGCGCGACGCCGACGACAUGAUCUUCUCGGGGACGGAGAUGAAGAAGAGAAUGGAGCCCUUCUUUCCAGAUCCGAAAUGGAGCAGGCUCAUGUGACUCCAGCGGACCGACCACGUCCUACCAUAACCCUUCGAUAUGGAUUCCUCCGAAUUUACAGCAAGAAAAUUGAUGCAAUUGACUACUAUGAGGAGAAAUUGAAGAUCUUGGACGAAAGGAUACGCGUCUUGAGGGAAAGCGAGUUCACACCGACACCGCUCGCUUUUGUCACCAUGGAAUCGACCGCAGCCUGUCAGAUGGCAGUCCAAGCCAUUCUCGAUCCGAAACCAGGACAACUCCUCGCCAGCUUGGCUCCUCCACCUGCGGAUGUCGUCUGGAAGAACACCUAUCUCUCUCGAAAUCACCGAAUGAUACGAUCCUGGAGCAUUAUGAUCUUUAUUGGCCUGUUGACGGUCUUCUGGGCCGCCGCCCUGGCCCCACUGGCUGGUCUGCUCAGCAUUGAGGUCAUCGACAAAGUUCUCCCCGGCCUUGCGGAGGCACUCGAGAGGCACGAGAUCGUCCGGUCCCUUGUCCAGACCGGCCUUCCAACACUGUUGUUCUCGCUGUUGGCCCUAGCAGUCCCUUAUCUAUACGACUGGCUUGCAAAUCAACAGGGUAUGACUUCCCAGGGAGAUGUUGAGUUGUCUGUGAUUUCCAAGAACUUCUUCUUCACCUUCUUCAACCUGUUCAUUGUAUUCACGAUCUGGGGGUCCGCUUCCACCUUCUACGAAUUCUGGCAGGGCCUUCGAGACAUUCUUCGCGACACGGCAGGAAUUGCCUAUGCUAUCGCCAAAGCUCUGGAACAAUUGUCACCCUUCUACGUCAAUCUGAUCGUUCUGCAAGGUUUUGGUCUCUUUCCUUUCAGGCUGCUCGAAUUCGGCUCGAUGGUUUUGUAUCCAUUCUAUCUUAUCAGAGCAAAGACUCCUCGCGACUAUGCCGAACUAGCGAAGCCACCAAUCUUCAGCUAUGGCUUCUACCUGCCACAGACCAUGCUCAUAUUCAUCAUUUGCAUUGUGUACAGCGUGCUCCCAUCUUCUUGGAUGAUCACCUUAUUUGGCUUGAUCUAUUUCCUGAUUGGUGGCUUCAUCUACAAAUAUCAACUACUCUACGCCAUGGAGCAUCGUCAACACUCGACGGGUCGAGCUUGGCCGAUGAUAUGCGAUCGAAUUGUCACUGGCUUGAUUCUCUUCCAAGUCGCAAUGACUGGUAUUCUGGCACUCAGAGGCGCGUUGACUGCUUCAUUGUUCUUGUCUCCACUAUUGCCUGCCACGAUUUGGUUCACUGUAUACUUUCACCGAACUUAUGUUCCUCUGAUGCGAUUUAUUGCGCUCCGAAGCAUUGACCGCAACUAUUUCUCGGAUAUCCCAACACCCCCCGAGUCUGCUUGGGAUAGACAGACCGUUGAUACAGAUCCAGAUACCGGGCUCUGUUACAUCAAUCCAAAUUUAGUGUGUCCGUUGGAGACCCUAUGGAUAGGGAAGCUUGAUCAUAGACAUCGGCAACCGGCUUAG